AUGGCCUCACCACAGAGAGUGACAGUUGAUCAAGUGAGACUGAUCCUGAGUGAAAUAAUUGAAUCACUGGAAUCGCCUGACUAUGCCCCAAAGCUGGACGAGGCCAAAGAGGCAGCUGGCAAUGAGAUGCUAAAGAUGAUGCAAAUUGUGUUCCCAAUGGUUGUACAAAUUGAGAUGGAGACUAUUAAACGACAUGGAUUUAUUAAUUCAAGAGAAGGUAUAGUUCAUGUCAAUCAGUUCCACGGUGGACACUUCGCUGUAAAUUGGUGUAAACUGGCGAGCGUUCAAAGAAUCUCACUCCACCGUUCAGCCAUGAGGCGGAGGCAAUGCUACAAGCUCGCCGUGUGCGCCUGCGUCCUCGUCUACAUAUACUACUUCUUCGGCGUCGGCGACUACCUCCUCUCCAGGAGCUACGAGGGCGACUUCCACUACCCGCUGGAUGUGGACCUGGAGCCGCUGGUGGCGGAGGUGCUCGAGGGCAGGAAGCCCAGCGUGGCCCCCAUCAACUACUACCCGCACCGCUUCCUCACCAACUCGGGCCUAUGCUCGACCCUGCCGAAGAUCGACCUGUUCAUCGCGGUGAAGUCGGCGAUGGGCCACUUCGCGAGCCGCGCCGCCAUCAGGAGCACCUACGGCCGAGAAGACCACGUCCCCGGCAAGGUGGUCAGGACGCUGUUCUUCGUCGGCGUGGGCGGUUCCGGGACCUUGCAGCGCCGCCUGGAGGGCGAGAUGGCGCUCCACAAGGACAUAAUCCAGGCGGACUUCGUGGACGACUACUACAACAACACGAUAAAGACUAUGAUGACCUUCAGGUGGCUGUACGAGCACUGCCCCAACGCAGAGCACUGCCUGUUCACGGACGACGACAUGUACAUAUCGGCCGCCAACCUGUUCCAGUACCUCGGCAGCAUGAAGGUGCCCGAAAAUGGUACAGAGCGCGAGCGCCGCCUGCUUGCUGGCUUCUACCCGUGGGACCGCUGGCCGCCGUACGCCACCGCGGGGGCGUACGUGGCCUCGUCGGCCGCUCUGCGCGCCCUCUACGCGGCCAGCCUCUUCGUGCGCCACUUCCGCUUCGACGACGUGUACCUGGGCAUAGUGGCGCGCAAGCUCGGCCUGCGCCCCGCCCACUGCCCCCGCUUCCACUUCUACAAGAAGCCCUACUCGAGGGCGGCGUACGGCGACGUGAUCGCCUCGCACGGCUACGGCGACCCCGACGAGCUGCUCGCCGUGUGGAACGAGCAGAACCCGCCGGCG